ACGGACACCAACCUAGUGAGGAUAAGAUUUAGGCCUUCACCUCCUUUGGCAGGCUUCAUCGAGCGAGAUGAUGACGACCGCAGCGACCCUGUGGUCGCCGACCAUGGCGUUCUCGGCCUCACAUCGCUUCCAGUCUCCCGCGUCCUCGGUCCAUCUUCGCUCGUGUCUGGGCCUCACUUGCCGCACCACCGCCUCCAAACCCCUCGCUCCGGCCACCAAGAGGUGCAGUACCAUCAGAAUGGUUUCCAGAUUCCCCAACGGCAAAUACAUCAGAGAAGACUACCUUGUGAAGAAGGUGUCGGCCAAGGAGGUGCAGGAGCUGGUGAAGGGAGAGAGGACUGUUCCUCUAGUCGUGGACUUCUACGCAACCUGGUGCGGACCCUGCAUUUUGAUGGCCCAGGAACUUGAAACGCUUGCCGUGGAAUAUGAAGGCAAUGCACUCUUUGUGAAGGUGGACACUGAUGAUGAAUACGAAUUUGCCAGAGAUAUGCAGGUACGAGGGUUGCCAACUUUGUACUUCAUUAGUCCAGACCCAAACAAGGAUGCCAUCCGUACUGAAGGGCUUGUGCCACCAGAGAUGAUCAAGAACAUAAUUGAUAAUGAAAUGUGACAAAUAUCCUCAAGGCUCAUAGGCACUGUACCUGGUAAUGUUGUUUUGAGAUUGCUCAUAUCUCUGCUGGAAGAUCAUCUGUAUCAUGGAAUCAAAGCGUGGCUUAUCCAUUGUGGUUUAUGUUGGGAUCAUUUGCUUGCUGAUUGCAGCAAAUUGGUUGGUGGCUCCAGUGCAUGCAAUCGACAAAACUCAGUAAAAUGGGAAAUGUGUUGUUGUAACUUUUUUUCAGAUGAGUAGUUAGGGUAUCUGGAUGUGAAGCUCCAAAAGAUUAGGAAAAUGUUGAUUUUUUGGUAUCGCCUCUUUAUGUUAUUUUGAGGGAAGUCACAUCAGAAUCUUACAUUUGAAAAAUGAAGUUGCUCUAAUUCCCUUUAUAUAUCUUUGCUAAUAUUAGUUAUUUGAUUGUUGGAA